GCAGCCAGCAGCUGGAGCUCCAGUCUGCAGACAGUGUACCUCUGUGUGUUUUUAUGGGUGGAGACUGAGGUCCUCCUCCAAAAUAUAGUCAGACAGACAACACAAAUCAGCUUUACCACCAGCAGCCAGCUACAGGCCUUUGGAAGCUGAAAAUUAUCUCGCUCAGUUAGUUUGAAGUCCCGUACAGUACAUUGGAUCGGUUUGCUAACGUUACAAAGCAAGAGAUAUGAGUCAGGUGGAGCAGGUGCCUGAGGACAUGCCUGCAUACCUCGAAGAUGAACCAGGAGCUCCAGACGACAACAAGGACCACCCACAGACACAGCCGGGCAUGCUUGGCAGGUUGGCGGGGGGUUUGUACGGUGCCACCAAGGGAGCUUUAGGAGCGACGGUGGGCGGUGUAACCUGGAUAGGAGGAAAGAGUCUGGACCUCACCAAGACCGCCGUCAGCUCUGUUGCUGCUGUGCCUGUGAUGGGAGUGGGGCUGGUUAGAGGAGUGUGCGCUGUAGCUGGAGGAGUGACUGCUGUCGGCUCUGCAGUGGUCAGCAAAGUUCCCGUAGGAGGAGGCAAAAAGAAGGACAAGUCUGACUGAUGGGGAGAGGAGGAGAGUGAACGCUCACAGCUGAGCUGUAUGGCUCACACUGUGUUUGCCUGUUUUAGUAUUUGUGAGCAGGAAAAGAGCAACAGAGGACUCAAAGGUUUAGUGUAUACAUUUUGGUGAGGGGGUCUGUGCUUUGUCUUUUUUCUUUAGCUUCUGCCUUUGUGAUUGUUCGUAAACCCACUUUCAUAUGCUUAUGUGGCAAGGACCUACAAAGCAAGAACUACAAAGCAAGAACUACUAAGCAAGAAGACUCUCAUGCUCUAUUGUUAAAGGAAAAUACACCAAACUACCGUCACCAGUGCCUGAAAUCAUUCAAAUAAAAUGUCCAUGUUUCAUUUUUGAUAAUAAGCCACAACACUGUUUUCACUGCAAACUGUUGUAUUUGUCACUUAAGUUAAGUACCAGAGGAGAAGUGUAAAUACACUUAAAUUUCACUUGCAGGACAAUCAUGGAUCAGUGAUGAUCUAUAAAUGAUAAGGAGAUUUUUCUUGGGGACUGGAAGUAUUUUGCUGUCAACUGACAAACCCAUGGAUCUGAGAAUUUUGUCAGUUUACAUUAAAUCACCUUUCUGUUCAGAUAAUCGCCUUUGUUCAGGAUGCACAAAUGAACAAAUACAUCUGAUCAAAGAUGUAAUUUUAAGUACAGUCCAGUUUAAUAUCUAAACCACUUGCUGACUGGAUUUUUAACUGGGGAAUUUUUGUGACAGUUUCAGUUGUCCUCUGAAUUCACAUCGCCCUCUGGUGGUUGUAUUCUCAGCUCAGUGGAAGGCAAGUCGUACUUUAGAUGCACAGUCUGGUUUAUUACAAUAAAUAUUGUGUCACAAUAUAAAAGUCAGAGUAUUUUGAUUGCAAUGAACUUUAUUUCCAGUUAUAGUAUUACCUGAUUCACUAAGACUAUACUAGUUGAGUCUAAGUUCAUUGAAUAGCAUAUUAUACAUUGCACAUCUUUUGACUAACUGUAUACCGUAUUAUGAUAGUUAUUAUGACAUGUUGGUUAAUGUCACUCUCAAAUCAAAGUAUAUUAACAUCUCUCCUUGAAAAACUAAAACUUCACUUUGGACACAAAAGCUUCAUAAUGUCAUAAGUCUGUCCUACUGAACCAAAGCAUGACAGUUUAGUUCCUCAACCCGAACGUUUCCCUAUUGCUCCCCCAUAUUGCUUAGGGUCACUGUGUUUAAUGUUGUAGGAGUCUGAUGGCGGGUUUUCUUGACAUUACAAUCUGAAUUUAAAGUGUCAAGUGCAUUUUUAAGCUGACAAACCUGGAAGAGUAUACAUUGAAUUAAAAAAAGGGCCUUUUUGUAAAUCGACCUUUUAACUGUAAAAUGCCAUUCAAGCCUUGUUUGAUGCAGAACUGCGGUUUCAAAGCUUUUGUUUCAUAAGUGUUGCAGAAAGUUUUGCUAACAAUGAGAAUUUGUUAAAACAUGGCAAUACUAUAAUCAGAAAUUGUUUAAAUAAAACAUAUGCUGAAGGUUGUGAAUGUAUUGUGUUCCAUCAAUAACAUAAUUCUUACGAAAACAUUCAGUAUAUAUAAUGUAAAACUAAAAUGGUGUUUUAACUGUUUGUCUUGAAUGACCUUCAUGUUAAAAGUUUCAGUACAUUAAUAGAAAUUUCCACACAGGUUUAAUUUCAGAAGCUGAUCUGCAUCUUUCAAGCUCCAUUCCAAGUUUUGUAAAUGUAUUUAGUUUGUAGAAUGAUUUUGUUAUUUUAGUUUUAUUUUUUAUUAUAUAGAUUAAGAGCGUUGAAGUAAUGCUGCAAAUACUGCAAGGCUUCAUUAUAACUCUUUUCAGUUGUCUCUAUCUUGGUUGUAAAAGAAUAUCUACCAUAGAGAUUUUAACAUGUUCUUAAUUCAUUAUCUAUAUAACCUUAAUCCUCUAUCUGCAUUUGUAAAACUUUAUGAACAAUGUUCACUCCUCUACUUUACAAAAUAAUUUACCUUGAGGUUUCUACAAAACAAAAAGAUCAGUGACCUUGGGAUAACAUGAUAUUAAAAAGAUUGAAUUAACUAUUAAAUAAAAAUGUGCACAGAUGAUAA